CUAAAAAGUGAAUUUCCAUCCCUGUUGAUCUUACUCUCUGUGUAACAGGAUCCAUCAAAGACCAGACUCUGCUGAACCUGAACCCAGCUGUGUGUCCUUCAAGAGUGACCGGUCACAUGAACGCUUUAUUGACUUUAAAGAUCAACAACCCUCUGCUGAAAAGAGAGUGGACCAGGAGAGCUCAGAGGUUCCCAGUGGUCAGUCUGCCCAGCAGCAACAAACAGACCUGGACUCCAUAUUUAUGCUGCUGGAGGAGAACAUCGGCACUUUUGUGAAGAACGAGCUGAAGAAGAUCCAGAAGCUGCUGAGUCCAGAUUACCCAGAAAGCUUAGAAAAUAAGAGCAAGAGUGAGGAUGAAGAGCAGAGGAGCAGCAGAGAGGCAUUUCUGAAGAUCACACUGCACUUCCUCAGAAGAAUGAAGCAGGACGAGCUGGCUGACGAUCUGUUGAACAUUUGUAAAUGUAAACUCAAGACUAACCUAAACAAGAAGUACCAGUGUGUGUUUGAGGGGAUUGCUAAAGCAGGAAACACAACCCUUCUGAAUCAGAUGUUCACAGAGAUCUACAUAAUGGAGGGAGGGACUGCAGAGGUCAAUGAUGAACAUGAGGUCAGACAGAUUGAAACAGCAUCCAGAAAACCAGACAGACCAGAAACAACAAUCAGACGAGAAGACAUCUUUAAAGCCCCACCUGGAAGAGAUGAACCAAUCAGAACAGUGAUGACUAUGGGAGUGGCUGGCAUCGGGAAAACAGUCUUAACACAGAAGUUCACUCUGGACUGGGCUGAAGACAAAGCCAACCAGGACAUCCAGUUUAUAUUUCCAUUCACCUUCAGAGAGCUGAAUGUACUGAAAGAGAAAAAGUACAGCUUGGUGGAACUUGUUGAUUACUUCUUUAGUGAAACCAAAGAAGCAGGAAUCUGCAGGUUUGAAGAGUUCCAGGUUGUGUUCAUCUUUGACGGUCUGGAUGAGUGUCGACUUCCUCUGGACUUCCACAACACUGAGAUCCUGACUGAUGUUACAGAGUCCACCUCAGUAGGUGCGCUGCUGACAAACCUCAUCAGGGGGAAACUGCUUCCCUCUGCUCACCUCUGGAUUACCACACGACCUGCUGCAGCCAAUCAGAUCCCUGCUGAGUGUGUUGACAUGGUGACAGAGGUCAGAGGGUUCACUGACCCACAGAAGGAGGAGUACUUCAGGAAGCGAUCCAGAGACAAGAAGCAAGAAAACGGAAUCAUCUCCCACAUCAAGACAUCACAAAGCCUCCACAUCAUGUGCCACAUCCCAGUCUUCUGCUGGAUCACUGCUACAGUUCUGGAGGACAUAUUGAAGACCAGAGAGGGAGGAGAGCUGCCCAAGACCCUGACUGAGAUGUACAUACACUUCCUGGUGGUUCAAUCCAAAUGGAAGAACGUCAAGUAUGAUGGAGGAGUCGAGACAGAUCCACACUGGAGUCCAGAGACCAGGAAGAUGAUUGAGUCUCUGGGAAAACUGGCUUUUGAGCAGCUGCAGAAAGGCAACCUGAUCUUCUAUGAAUCUGACCUGACGGAGUGUGGCAUCGAUAUCAGAUCAGCCUCAGUGUACUCAGGAGUGUUCACACAGAUCUUUAAAGAGGAGAGUGGAUUGUACCAGGACAAGGUGUUCUGCUUCAUCCAUCUGAGUGUUCAGGAGUUUCUGGCUGCUCUUCAUGUCCAUUUCACAUUCACCAACUCUGGAGUCAACCUGCUGUCAGAAGAACAAUCAACAUCACAAAAGCCUAAUCCCUUCAGAGUCAAACCUAAACUUAAACGUCUCCAUCAGAGUGCUGUGGACAAGGCCUUACAGAGUCCAAAUGGACAGCUAGACUUGUUCCUCCGCUUCCUCCUGGGUCUUUCACUGCAGACCAAUCAGACUCUCCUACGAGGCCUGAUGAUACAGACAGGAAGUAGCUCAGAGACCAAUCAGAAAACAGUUGAGUACAUCAAGACAAAGAUCAGCGAGGAUCUGUCUGCAGAGAGAAGCAUCAAUCUGUUCCACUGUCUGAGUGAACUGAAUGAUCAUUCUCUAGUGGAGGAGAUCCAACGGUUCCUGAGUUCAGGAAGUCUCUCCACAAAUAAACUGUCUCCUGCUCAGUGGUCAGCUCUGGUCUUCAUCUUACUGUCAUCAGAGAAAGAUCUGGAUGUGUUUGACCUGAAGAAAUACUCUGCUUCAGAGGAGGCUCUUCUGAGGCUGCUGCCAGUGGUCAAAGCCUCCAAGAAAGCUCUGUAA